AGGGGCUUCACCUUCAAUAGUAAUGGCUAUGGCUGCUGCAAGUAUAAACAGAAAGAAAAAAGGGUAUGGAUAUGGAUGGGCGAUUUCAGCUGGACUUAAUGCCGCAUUUGCCGCUAUUUCUGCCAAAUUCAUCACCCCACAUCUUGUAAGGUAUGGGAUGGUUGUUAUAUUCAAUGUAGUGAUGUGGGGAUGCUACGUGAAUAGCCUAAAAGUGCUCUCAUCUUUGCAAGCUACAGUGACCAACUUCGCAACCAACUUUCUUUCUUCCGGUUUAGCUGGAUUUUUCCUCUUCGAGGAACCAUUGCCACUCAAGUGGUUUGCAGGCGCUCUGCUCAUUGUAGCUGGUGUAUUUGUACUUAGUAGGUCAAGUAUAGACGACAAAACAAGAACUGACUAGAAGCUUUCACUGCCUUCUACCUUUUUCCAGGAUCUUUAUUCACAGAGGAUCAAAUGCAAGUUACCAGAAAUCUAGUGCAUUUUGACAAUUAUAGGGUCCCGUUUUUGCAGGUGCAUAGAUGAAAGCUGAGUGAAUGUGAUGUUAGAUGAUGGUAUUUUGGCACCUUUUUUAGAGGGUUACAGGUCUUUUUUUUAUACGCGAAUGUUUCUUGUAAGGAACUCUUUUCAUUUGGCUUCUUUCGCUCAUUCCAAUUUCUAUACAUUUAUCAAUUAUUAAA